CCCCUCCCCCUCCCCGCCCAGCCCGCCCGCCUCUUUGUAUCCAACAUCCGGGUUUCCCCGCUGGCUCGGCUCCGUGGCCGCCGCUCAGGAGCCAUUUUGGACUCGGUUCAGCUCCCCUCCCCCCCACCCCUCCCCCGUUCAUGGCCCCUCCGGACUCGGCCCCUGCGCCCGGGGCCCGGGCCCAGCCCCGCCGCGCUAUGCCUGAGUCGGGCGUGCCCCGGCCCGUGCCCCGCCGCCGCCCCCCGGCCCCCGCGUCGCCCCGGAGCCCGGGCCGCAGCCUGCGCCGCCCGCAGCGGCCCUGAGCUCGGCCCCGCUGACCGGCCCUUGGAGCCCGAACGCUGCUUGGGUACGAAGGCGCAGGAAGCGCGCAGGGAACGAGACCGAAGGAAGGAGCGGGAAGGAGAGCGCAGCCGCCGCCUGGCCCUGCGCGCCCCGGGAGCGCCGUGCGGCCCUGCCCGCGGGCUCCGGGUGUGCGCGGGGCGGCGCCGCGGAACAUGACGGCGCCCUGGGCGGCCCUCGCCCUCCUCUGGGGAUCGCUGUGCGCCGGCUCUGGGCGUGGGGAGGCUGAGACACGGGAGUGCAUCUACUACAACGCCAACUGGGAGCUGGAGCGCACCAACCAGAGCGGCCUGGAGCGCUGCGAAGGCGAGCAGGACAAGCGGCUGCACUGCUACGCCUCCUGGCGCAACAGCUCUGGCACCAUCGAGCUCGUGAAGAAGGGCUGCUGGCUAGAUGACUUCAACUGCUACGAUAGGCAGGAGUGCGUGGCCACUGAGGAGAACCCCCAGGUGUACUUCUGCUGCUGUGAAGGCAACUUCUGCAACGAGCGCUUCACUCAUUUGCCAGAGGCUGGGGGCCCAGAAGUCACGUACGAGCCACCCCCGACAGCCCCCACCCUGCUCACGGUGCUGGCCUACUCACUGUUGCCCAUCGGGGGUCUUUCCCUCAUCGUCCUGCUGGCCUUUUGGAUGUACCGGCAUCGCAAGCCCCCCUACGGUCAUGUGGACAUCCAUGAGGACCCUGGGCCUCCACCCCCAUCCCCUCUGGUGGGCCUGAAGCCACUGCAGCUGCUGGAGAUCAAGGCUCGGGGGCGCUUUGGCUGUGUCUGGAAGGCCCAGCUCAUGAAUGACUUUGUAGCUGUCAAGAUCUUCCCACUCCAGGACAAGCAGUCGUGGCAGAGUGAACGGGAGAUCUUCAGCACACCUGGCAUGAAGCACGAGAACCUGCUACAGUUCAUUGCUGCCGAGAAGCGAGGCUCCAACCUCGAAGUAGAGCUGUGGCUCAUCACGGCCUUCCACGACAAGGGCUCCCUCACGGAUUACCUCAAGGGGAACAUCAUCACGUGGAACGAACUGUGUCAUGUAGCAGAGACGAUGUCACGAGGCCUCUCAUACCUGCAUGAGGAUGUGCCCUGGUGCCGUGGCGAGGGCCACAAGCCGUCUAUUGCCCACAGGGACUUUAAAAGUAAGAAUGUAUUGCUGAAGAGCGACCUCACAGCCGUGCUGGCUGACUUUGGCUUGGCUGUUCGAUUUGAGCCAGGGAAACCUCCAGGGGACACCCACGGACAGGUAGGCACGAGACGGUACAUGGCUCCUGAGGUGCUUGAGGGAGCCAUCAACUUCCAGAGAGAUGCCUUCCUGCGCAUUGACAUGUAUGCCAUGGGGUUGGUGCUGUGGGAGCUUGUGUCUCGCUGCAAGGCUGCAGACGGACCCGUGGAUGAGUACAUGCUGCCCUUUGAGGAAGAGAUUGGCCAGCACCCUUCGUUGGAGGAGCUGCAGGAGGUGGUGGUGCACAAGAAGAUGAGGCCCACCAUUAAAGAUCACUGGUUGAAACACCCGGGUCUGGCCCAGCUUUGUGUGACCAUCGAGGAGUGCUGGGACCAUGAUGCAGAGGCUCGCUUGUCUGCGGGCUGUGUGGAGGAGCGGGUGUCCCUGAUUCGGAGGUCGGUCAACGGCACUACCUCGGACUGUCUGGUUUCCCUGGUAACCUCUGUCACCAAUGUGGACCUGCCCCCUAAAGAGUCAAGCAUCUAAGCCCAGGACAUGAGUGUCUGUCCAGACUCAGUGGAUCUGAAGAAAAAAGGAAAAAAAGUUGUGUUUUGUUUUGGAAAUCCCAUAAAACCAACAAACACAUAAAAUGCAGCUGCUAUUUUACCUUGACUUUUUAUUAUUAUUAUUAUAAUUAUUAUAAUUAUUAUUAUUAAUAUUAUUUUUUGGAUUGGAUCAGUUUUUACCAGCAUAUUGCUCUACUGUAUCACAAACAGCGGACACGUCAGCAGGCGUUGAGGUGCUGAGCUGUGAAUGCAGAACCAGCGCCAUGCUGAAGAGCCUCAGCCACCUCCUGUCCUUUGGGAUUCGUUUUUCCCACUUUCUCUUUGUUCGUCGUCUCAGAAUCUGUGACACAAAGAAACCCAUCUCCUGUCUUAGGAAACCUAAUGCUGCAAACUCUACCUAGAGGAACCUUUGAAGACUGUUACAUAAGAACAUACCUUCCUCAGAAGAGGAGUUUCCUCUGUCCUCUGCCCUUCUCCCCUCCCUCUCUCCCCUCCUUUUAUUUUGUUUUAGUGAGCUUAAGAAACAGCAGAUGCGUCUUUCACGGAUCUAACGGGUGUUGUCCUGACCGAGAAAAAAACUGGGAUGAGAAUGGUUUGGACUGGAAUUGGAAGGGGAGGACGGUACUGGGGGUAGGGUUUGGAACAGAGCUACACUGGACUCGGGCACAUUCGGAGCAGCAUCCUUUAGUAUGGAGGCUACUUCUCAGGUAACCAGGAAUCGAGGGGAAGGACCUUGUGGAGGCCGAGCAUUAACAGCAAGAGCGGGGUUUGGAGAAAGUCUGAGACUGGGUGCAGCCCUGACUUACCUGCUGGCCCUGACCAGUUUCUUUUCACUAACUUGGCCUUGGGCAUAGGAUGAAACAUUUUUUCUGCCCUAAUUUUAAAAUUAGGUGAGGGUAGAAUCAUCACAGGUUAGGAAUACAUUCUUCAUAAGACACGAUGCUGUAAAUACCCUUAAUGGACGAAAAGUUGAAGUACUUUUGUUUCCUCUUGGAGCAGUUCAGGGAAAUGCCCACAGGGGGUUGUCCUGCACAGAUAGGGCAAGAGGAUUUCCUGGGUGGAGUCUGCCAAGGCCUGCCUCGCUGGGGACCCCAGAGUCCUGCAGCUCUGGUUCCACCCCAGGUGGUGACAUUACUAUCCCCUUUCUGUGGCUCGUGGACAAGACUUUCUCCAGGCCCCUUAAAGUGGUACAUAUUCUAAAAAACUGUUUUUCUAUUAUGCCAUAACCUUGCUCUAGUCAGUGAAUGUUCCUAAUGCUGCUGUUUCAACAUUUGAAUUCUUUUUAAUUUAUGAAACAUGCUAAAUUUUUUUUUCAAACAAAACACACACAUCCACAUAUACACAUGCUUUGCUAUGUGGCUUCCAAGGUUUAAAUUUUGAAAAGUAAAAGAAUUAAAACUUCACGACCACAGAUCACCUCAAACCAGAAAUACCUCAGAAUUUUCUACUUGUGUAAGGGUUUAUUAUAUAUUUUGUUAGUUGUGUUGUCUUGUAGUAAGUAUAUUUUAAUGUAAGUUGGCUUUUAUGACAAGGAAGUUUAAAAGAAAUAGAGAAAGAGAAAAAAGUUUGCAUCUUCUAGGGAGUGCUACCAUUUUUGUUUGAUAACGCCCCCUUGUAAAUAAUUGUCAUCAACUGUAGGUUGGCUGUCUGGGCCAAGUCUGGGCAUUCAUCAGUCUUGUUUGUGACGGCUUUUCCUUCUGAUUUCUUUAGAUCAUUUUAUUUAAAAACAGUGCAUCUCUUCGUCAUGAGGGUAGGCAAGGCGGGGGCCGUGGGGAGAGGUUGACCUGGGUGAGAACUGAAGAGGCCGCCUCCUCUUGGGUUGUUUGGAGCUUCACAUGUAAUUCACAUGUAACAUGUAACUUGAUCGGCCAGUGUUCAGAAUGACAAGUAACCCCACUUAAACUUGGUAGAAGGAUGGCCCUUAGACCUGAAUGGGGUGAUUUUACUUGAGAUUUAACUUCUUCAGCAAAUGAACAGCAACACUGGAAGAGAUCUGUGGUGCCUCUGUGAAGCACACCAUGACUCAGGCCAGUCUUUUAGUGCAGCAUGUCUGGGAGUGAAGGGUUUUGCCCUUGCUGGUCUUGGAGUCCACAGUGUGAGGGGCACUGCAUACGCCUGGGCAUCUACCUGGCGUGCUAUGUUCAGUGUCUGGGGCUUGCUGCCCGGGGGUCCUUUCCUUUGGUUGUUGGGGCACGGGGUGUUAUGGGAGGCCCGUUUGCUUCUCUCUCAGAGCUCAGUUUUUGCUUCAUGGGUCAAAAUGUGGGCUGGCCAAGUGGUUACAGGAACAGCAUUUUGGUAAGCUAUGUUUUUUUUUUUUUUUUUUUUUUAAUGGUUUGAUUUUGUGCUGUGGUAUUUUUCUUCCCUUGGAAUAAUUUUUAAUGGCAAAACAGGCCUUACAGCAGUUGCUUUUCUUUACCAUUUAUUUCUUUAAGAAGCUUUAAAAUAUUUAUUGAAAAGUGCCAUAUCUAAUUUCUUUAGCCUUCUCCUCAGGCAGUGCAGGCAUCUUUACUUUUCAUCCUCAGAAGAAACAAACCACUAUCAAAUGUAGCAAAUUUACUGCAGGAAUAGUUAGGUCAUGAUACUACCUGAACACUAAACCCCAGCCUCUUUGUUUGGUUUUAGUUCCUCUGGGUGGUUUUUCUUUUGUGUGCUGGCUUGAUUCUUGUGAGAAGUUUUGACCUGGCCAAGAGAGGGUUGAGCCAUGGUUCUGGUGCGGGACUUUGCGGUCAGGACACAGUACAGACAGGUCAGGCCUGCAUGCCUUUUCCCUGGGUGGCCUCCCCCUUAGGCCCACCGUGCGCUCAGCCACUAUAGUGUCCCUGUGGGGCCUUGCCAUUAGAUGGUGUGUCAGGAGAUGGUACCUUUUUGGUGUGGCUGGGGAGGAGGGUGAUCUAUGUCAGUUCUUCGGGAUUCAGGCCGCUCUUCCCCUCAUGCUAUGGUGUAAAGUGCACCCAUCAGGUGGUAUAUCUGGUUCUGAUGGCAAGAAGAAGGUGGGGGAUCUCCUUAUAGGGCAUGGGUCUAGGAGCACAGGUGGGCCUUUUGCCCUGGGUAAAAUGUUUGUCUGUUUGCUGUCAUGUGUUCUUUGAGGAGUGAGCCAUCCAGGGCCCUAUUUUGAAUUUACUGGGUCGUAGAGUCUCUACCUGUGCUCUUUUCCAUAAUGACUUCAUGUGACAUGCACUUUUGGUGGGCUCAGAUAAUUGGUUUAUUUUUGUUUUUGAUCUCAGGCUCUGUGACAGACUGGGGAAAAUGGGGCCUGGCAUCAUUUUCCCUGUCAAUGGGAGGGGCUGUUCCAUGCAGGGUAGGAGGGGACCAAGUUAGCAGAGAGUAGCCAAGGAUCCUUACUUCUUGCUUUCUAGUGUGCUGUCAUCCAAGCAGGCUCCUGGCUGUAGGGAUGGGCCUUGGGGAAGAAUCUUCUUUGAAAGCAUCUAUGAUAACUGAGAAGUCAUCCCUAGCUGGAGAAAUCCAGUAAUGAGCAGAAGGAGGAAGCAGGUGAGGACAGAGGCCAUUGCAUUACAGUGUCAUGCAGAGGGCCCUCAAUGAUGGGGCAUUGGGAAAGGCCAUGGACAUAGUCAUCAGAACAUCCUGGCCUGGCAUAAGCUGGGUUUUCUCCUGGGACCAUUGGUCCUCAGCAGGAGUUCUUUGCAUGAGUUGCUCAGAGGCAAGGGCUGCAAAUGGGCUGUUCUUAGGAGAAAGUGACACCUGGCUGUGAGGGAAGAUGGUGAGCAUUAUUAGCCUUUUGUUAUCCAGCGUGGCCUUCUUGUCCUGUCUGCUCUGGAGAGGAGCCGGUGGGACCAGUCCUGCCUGGGGAGGGCAUACUCACACGUGCUAGCUGAUUCUGACUCUGAAUACAUCCUGUCGGGACUUGGGGGUGUUUCUGCAGAACAAGGAGGUUAUUUUCCAGCCUCGAACAUCUUCAGGAGGAUAGAGACUCUUGCUCACAUAUUCUUAGCAAAGGGAAGGGUCUCUCACCUCCAGGCCACAGAGAUAGUUCUUCCUUUGCCCUAAGAGGCCAGGCUAACCCUCUUGACAUAACUUAGACAGCAAAGCACUUCAUCCUGUAGUUGGGCUCUGUCACCUUUCUCUUCAGUUGGCCACAUUCUCGUUUCCUCCAUCCUGCUAUGCCCUGUGUGCUUGGGCUAUGUGUGGGGUUUUUCCCUGGUGGAAGGAAGCCCAGCUAUGUAUUGAAUGUCCUUCAUGUGUUGUGUGUGGCUCAGAAAGCCUGUCACUUGGCCCCUGUGCUCUGAGCCGUGAGGGUGGGGAGGUGGCUGUUCCAUUAAAGUGGGAGUAUUGGAUGGCCCUCUUGAAACUAGAAUUUUGCCUUUUUUAGUAUGCAGUAUAAAGUUUCCAGCACCUAUUGGUAACACAAAGAUUUGCUGGUUUUUAAAAUAAUAUAGUAAGCAUAAGUAUUUAAGUUUUUAGAAUUGGUACUAGAAGUUGGACAGCUAGUUAUUAUUCUCGAGAACUUUAUUUCACUAGAAAAAUAUACUAAUUGGAAAGCAGUUUCCAGGAGUUAACUCAGUUUGAUUUUCAGUCUCAGUUAUUUUAGCCUGUUGAGUUUUUGAUGGCACACCUUUGGAGAGAUGGCCAGGCCUGAUUCCCAUUUCAGGGACAUCAGACCAUACCUUUUUAAGAAGCUCUGUGAAUCUAGUCAUCUACCCUCCAUCCUGGGCGAACAGCCAGAAAGAGAAGGGGACAAGGUGUCUUUUUCUCCUUCUCACUGGGGUGACAUGAAUUCUUUUAGUUAAUGGCUGUUUGCAAAUUCUAAACUAAUGAAAUACUCAGCGGCUAACGUGUUCAAUCUAGUAAUGAUGAAUUUAAAUCUCAAUUGACAGUAAUGUUUUAGAUAAACAGGCCCAGUAAUUCAGUUGAUGAACUGUAUAUCUUCUCAGUCUAGAUUUGUAAAUGUUUAAUGAAUUCAGGGUUAUACGCAUAGUUCUUUAAGUAAGAUUCCGGGUAGUUGAUUUGUAACCAGCAGUCUACCUAUGAAUGUAUCCCAAACCUUUAGAAGGUUGGAAAAGACUUUUGAAAUAAUGAUUUAGUUUUGUAGGAAAAACAUGCCCUUGAAAAUUAAUUCGGUUGACCCAAUAACAUUUUUUAAAACAAUUGGUGGCUCCAAAAGGCCUGCCAACAAAGAAAAGUCCGAAUUAUCUAGUGGGACAUUUUGAAUGUUUUAUGUUUAUUUUGGGUCCACUGUAAACUUUGGUUCGAACAAGAAUUUGAAUUUAAAGAAUUUACCAUUAUUUAAAUUAUUACCAAGUUUUUACAUUUUCAUGAUGGUAUCUUCCAGGUAUGAAUGAAACAAGACUUUUUGAUUGUGGUACUUCCCGUAUCCCCUGUAGUGCCAAAACCAGUGAUACUUUAUUUGCUCCUAUGGCAGCUCAUAGAGAUAACCGAAGUGAUUUUUCCUCAGUAAUUGAAACACAUAUUCUCUAAAUGCCAAUGUGUGGUGAUGGGCCCUGCACUGCCUUCAUUUCUCUAGGGCAGUGUCUUUGGGUUGUCUAGGGCCUAGGUAAUUCUGAGAACUACUGUAAACCAACCACAGGACACUAAAGCAAUGUACAUACCGCUCUUUGUGUGUAUGGAAUGGGUUAUAUAAACCUGGGCUAUGCUGGACAUCUACAGAAGAGUAUUACAUUCACUUGCAAAGUUUACAUUUUUGAGCUCACAGUUACGAAAAAUAUGACCCACGAGUUUUUCAGGCAGGUGAGGAUGGGUCUUCUUGCAAAUGCAUGAGUUCUGUCUUGAGUCCUGGGAACUUCUCUGUUGGUUGGGUGUGGGCUCAUUCCCUGACUCCUAAUCAUGUUUGCGUCAGAAUGUUAGCAUUGUAAAUAAAAGAAUAGGUUGUAUAAUAGAUACACAACACUUGAAACUUUACUUUAAAAGAAUUGAUAGUUCUACAUAUAUAUUUAGUUAUAUCACUUGACAGAUUUCUUCUACACAGUGUGGAGAUUGUUUUAUACCAUAGAUUAUUUUUAUAAAGUUAGUGAAUUUGAAUGAUUUUGUAAUCAGAGCUAAUGAGCUUUACCUUUCAAGAGAAACACAUACACUGGAGCAUGAGUGGUGUGGAACUUUUACUUAGCAUUUAUAUGGAUUCUUGUGAUACACUGGCAGACUGGAGUCAAUUUGCGGGUCUUUUUUGGCCAAAACUCCACUUGCGGUUGUGUAGGACAGUGAUACUUCAGCUCAGCUUCUUGUGGAUUGGGAAGAGAGAGGGCCUGCAAUGUGUUUUACAUUGGUGCUUCCUCCUGAGAUUUCUGUUGAACAAAGGGUUCUGAGGUCAAAAAUUAGUUUGUAAGCCUUUGCCAUAGGACAUAGUCAUGUGAGAGUGUUUGGGGGAACAGAAAUUGUAUAGGGGUGCAGAUUGGGGUGGGAUGGGACUCGAAUAAGAUUCAGGUACAAAAACUUUGAAAUGAGAAUCUGGUGGUUUGAGUAAUCCACCAGACUGAAUUAUCUAAGAUCACAUUAUCCAGGUUGGGGGGCAGAAUUACCCAUUUAAGUAAUUGUUCAGAAAAGCGGGGAGGGUGGCAUGUGGAUGCAGUGAUCCAAUUAAAUGGAGAGCUGCCAGGCACAUUUUGUCCUCUCUGGUCAGUGCUCUUUUGGAGGUGAGAAUGGUUGGGUUGGCUCGCUGCUUCAAUCUGUGGAAUAAGCCAGGAGCCCAGUGAGGAAGCUCAGAACCCCAGUAACAGCAGAGCAUCUUUCAAAUAGCUCCAGAGUUUUCCUGCUUUUCUUAGGAAGCUCAGCAUCACUGCCACAAUAUGGAAAGUGGUCUUCAUUUUAGCCUAUUUAUUUUUAGGCAGAGAGUGGAUGGUUAUUUGUGUGGGACUUUUGGUGGCGAUAUAUAAUGAAUAAUUAAGUUAAUUUCUGGUAUGCAUAAUGGCCAGUCCUGAGGCCCAGCUGAAGACCUGUCCCCCAGACCCUGCCCGCUGGCUUCAGGCUGCUGCUUCCAGACAGAGGUGCACUGGAUGGGAUAGUUUAAUCAAGAGAAUCCCUAAUGUGUCAUUUUAAACCAGCUGUGCUUUUUAUUCAUUCUGGUUAAGCGUAUAGGUUUACACUUUACCCUUUUUAUACUUGGAAUAAAUUUAGUUCCAGCAGAUCUAGUAGCACUCCAGAAACCAACCCCAUCUGUUCCCCAUAAAAAGAACAUUUCUCUGCUCUCCAGCCACGUGUCUUGGAAUGUAAUUCUGUUGUGCCUUUGUUUUUGUCACUCUCUUCCCCCUGAAAGCAACUGCUGUAAGCUUUUUUUCUACUUGUCUUUUCUAGUCCCCAACCUCUACCUUUUUCCUUUUUCCCAGCUCUAAUUUCUGGAUGCACUUCCGUGAUCCAGGUAUUUUAAGAACCAGUUACCUCAGACCUCAUGUUGAACAGUGUCGCCAUCUGGGUCCUCUUGAUACUGCAGACUUUUUAACGUACACAUGCAGGAACCCUGUUGAGCGUGGGCACUUGUUUUAAAGCAAAACUCUUCCCAAGGACUGAAGAAAGGGCUUCUGGCAAGCUCGUCAUGGCAUUGUGGUGGGAUGGGUCUAGAGUGUCAUCUGAAUGGUGCUUCCUGUGUUCCUCUUUGAAUUCUGCCAUUUUCAGUAUUCUCGUGUGUCUGAAUAGGCAAAGCGAUUUAAUUGGCUGGUCUUGCACGCAAAUUAGUUCCAAAGAUAAGCUCUUUGUAACACAUUUCCAGUAGCUAAUGCUCAAAUGUAGAACAUUCCUUUAAAUGGCAGGAUAAAAAACCCACUAUCCACCAUAGUGCAUUUUGGGAAGAUGUCUGUAGCAUAUGUUGCUGUGAAAUUAGGCCUUGUGGGAUAUGGCUGUUUGUCAUUUUGAUGUAUUUUAAAUAAAUAUAUAUAUUUUUUAAAGAGCCUUUUUUACCAGUUCAAAAAGUUUAAUUAACCAGCAGUCACCACAUCUGAAUUUUUGUCUCUGGGGCAUAGAUGGCAGACCAAGAUUAAAAGUGGUAACUCAGCUAUACGAGAGCAUGGGCUACCUUCCUGGGCUGUCUUGCUGUCCUGCAGACCUGCUGUUCCGCAGACCAUGGGACACAAGGUCAGUGUGUUCCCAGUGAGGGUCCCAAGUCAGUCAUCUUAAGUGUUUGGUCUCUGCCCCAUUCAGUGGACUGUUGAUUUCAGUCCCUGCAAGUGCUUUAGCCCGAGUGGGGUUUUCUCAGAGCACUGCCACAAGUUAAGUGUGUGUUUAGCCAAAUAAUUUCUCCAUAAGGGAAAAAUGCAGUCACCCAAAUUUUACCAACAAUGACAGAGAUGAGAGUAGGAAAGAUUAGGCAACAUCUGAGUUUUAAUUUGAAAAGUGUCCAAGUCAUCAUGAAAGGCCGACUGGGAGCAAGUGAUUAUUAGAGAUUCUUCAAGAGACCUCAUCUGAAAAUGUUAAGACUGCCAGUGAGGGAAGGAAUUGUUAAAAUGCCAGCGGCUUUUUUUUCCUCUUUUUUUCUAUAAUUCUGUAAAAAUGCAGAGAAAGUUGAGUGGUACUUCAGAAUUGAGGGAGAGGGUUACCGCAGAGUAGAAAUAUAUUUCUAGAUUUCAGUUCCACACCACAAAUCCACAACAAUGCCAUUUUUCAACUGUACAAAAAUCUGCUUAUGAACUUGACACGAUCUUAAUGGUAGUGUCAAAGGCCAAGUUUUUCACCUGUUAAUAUUUUUCCACAUUUGUCCUUGAAUCUGAAUAACUUUAUACAGUACUGUAAAUUUAGCUUACAUCGAGUUUGAUGUCAAUUCUUAUGAAAAGAGCUUUCUGCAUGUAACACAUACGGUUAAAGAACACAGCAAAGGACAAAAUUUGCAGGAACAGUUUUGGAACCGACAGAAAAUGUUACCUUUUAUUUGCCAUCUUAUAUCUAUUAGUUUUACCAGCUACUUCUAAAUUUGUACAUUAUUUGUAAGGGAAAGAAGGAAAACCCUAAGACUUGUCUAACUUAGUGGAGAAUGUGUGUGUUGGGCUUAGGAUGGAUAGCUAAGUCUUACUGAGCUGUGUUACCUAACUUGUAUAUAAAAAUUGUAAUUAAAAGUUUGGGUUCACCUGUUUCUCACAGUUCAAAAUAAUGAGUAAUUGCAAACUCUGGAAAUGUGACUAGUAUAUGAUUUAAGGCUGUAGAAGCAAGGAAGCUCUUUCAAGUGCUAAAACUAAAGACUUCUAGUUUUUGGCUCAAAUAAGUACUGUUUGUUUACCAGGAUAUGUGAGAUGUAAAUGUAGUAGGUCACUUUUCACCCUUGUAGCUAUAAAAUAAAAAUUUUGUAGAACAGAAAUAGCUUGUACUACUGAAUUAACAAAAGUUAUACUAAAGUAUCAUGUUUUAAAAAUAUAUAUAUAUAUACAGAGUUAAGCUUGUUGCUGUUACCCUGUCUGGAUUUGAGAAGUGUGCUGAUUUAUAUAUAUAUAUUACACACACACACACACACACACGUGCACACACAUAUAUACCUAAAAUGGCCUAAAGCAGACAUCCAUGUAAUUACAGUUGCAAAAUGAAAACAUUUUGGAAAGAACAUUGUAUCAUAGUUCAUUCAUUUGCAGUGGAUCUUUGUUCCUUUUUACUGUGGUAAUUUUAGAAAUGAGUGUCAAGUUUGAAAUUAGAUCUGCUAAGUUGGGGUUUUGCUGCUUGAACUCUGCACUGGGUCCUCAAAUAAACCGAUGUGAAUGUAGUUUUUUCCCCCUGUGUGAAGAAGCAGUUACACCCCAACAAUAGGAGGAAAAAUCUAGAACUAUUUCAAGUUUUAUCUUUUUGUAUAUGAAAAUAAAAUAAUAAUAAAACAA